AUCAACUGCUGGUUCUUCUCUCACCCUCGCUCGCGCUCCGUGCGCGCUCCCGCUCGGAGACAGGCUUCAGAGAGCCCGGAGAGCAGACGAGCGACAGCGAGGGAGAGAGAAAGAUGGAGGUGAGGGUCGGGGAGAGACUCCUGUGCCUGGCUGUGCUGUCCAGCGUCUUCUGCGUGGAUUCAGUCUUCGGGAAAUACGUCAAAGGCAUCGUGAACACCAAAGAGGACUGGGUUUUCCUCACUCGCUUCUGCUUUCUCACCGACUUUGGACGUCUGGACUUCCGGUUCCGCUAUCCAAAGUCUCGCUGCUGUCAGAACAUAUUGCUCUACUUUGAUGACAGUUCUCAGUGGCCAGCUGUGUACAAGAGGCCUGAAAAGAACUGCUACCAGAAGGAGGCAGUGCUGAGGCCUGAGAACAACCAGGUCAUCAACCUCACAACACGCUACACCUGGUCAGGCUGUGUGGUGGAGGGAGAAGGGAACGAGGAAGUUCUGAGCUGUGUGGGCGGCCGUAGUUUCCGCUCAGUGAGGGAGAGAUGGUGGUACAUCGCUCUCAGCAAGUGUGGGGGAGAUGGCUUGCGGCUGGAGUACGAGAUGAAACUGACCAAUGGCCAGUCUUUCUGGACGCAGCAUUUCUCUGCAGAUGAGUUCGGAAUCUUGGAGACGGACAUCACGUUCCUGGUCAUCUUCUCCAUGGUGUUUCUCCUCUCCUGCUACUUUGCCUACAAUCUGAAGGGAAGACAGCUUCUUCACACAACCUACAAAAUGUUUAUGACGGCGGCAGGUGUGGAGGUGCUCAGCCUGUUGUUCCAUUGUGUCUAUUGGGGCCUGUAUGCUAGAGAUGGCGUCGGCAAUGGCAGCCUGAAAAUACUAGGGAAAUUACUGUUCUCCGUCAGUUUCUUGGUGUUCCUUCUGAUGCUCAUAUUGUUGGGCAAAGGUUUCACUGUCACCAGGGCGAGGAUCAGUCACAGUGGGUCGGUUAAGUUGAGUAUCUACAUGACAGUCUACACAAUCACCUACGUCAUCCUCUUCAUCUAUGAGGCAGAGUUCUUUGACCCAGGUGAAGUGCUGUACGCCUAUGACAGCCCUGCAGGCUACGGAUUGAUGGGCCUGCAGCUGCUGGCCUACGUAUGGUUCUGCUACGCCGUGCUGGUCUCUCUAAAACACUACCCUGAGAAACAGCCCUUCUACAUCCCUUUCUUCACCACGUACACACUAUGGUUUUUUGCAGUGCCUGUUAUGGCUCUGAUCGCCAACUUUGGGAUUCCUCGUUGGGCUCGGGAGAAGAUCGUCAACGGCAUUCAGCUCGGCAUUCACCUCUACGCUCACAUCGUCUUCCUCGUUAUCACACGACCUUCAGCAGCCAAUAAGAACUUCCCAUAUCAUGUUCGGACGUCCCAGAUUGGGAUCCUGCUGUCCAGUCCGAAAGUAGGCGAGGGGGCGGAGAGCUUCCCCCAUCAUGCCUAUGGAAAUAGCUCCUUCCUGGGAGACUCUCAACCCAACUUCACUGAACUCUUCUCCAUCCAAUCAGACCCGGUGAAGACGGUGGAGGAGACGGUGGCCCGUAAAGGACCGGAGGUGCCGAGGAACAGCGAGCAGAAGAUCAUCACCACUGCUGCUGACUUGACGUCGAUAUUGCCCCCACCUCCGCCUCCGAUACCCCCACGCCCGGCCGCACACUCUCCUCCGCUGCCGCCCCGGCUCCCUUCCUUCACCGAGUAUUUCAGCAUGCAGAGCGGAGGAGGAGGAGGGGGAUUCGGAACGAAGGCAUGAGACGGCGAGAAGGACGGGACCGGGCAGGACAGAGGGAGAGAGGGGAAGGCACAGAGGGAACGGACAGAAUGACAAUACUAAGUAAAAGAGAGUGGAAUUCAAGGUGUUACUUUUUAAAGACAAAAGGGACGGGCAUAAAAAGUUUGGAUGGACGAAGAAGAGAAACCAUCAGAAAAGUGAAUCCCUAAACGGUCCCUUUUCACCUGUUAAUGGAAAUAACCCGAAUGGAGAAGUGAGGGGGAAAUGGCUGUGAGAUAGAGUGCUGAGCUUGUUAAAGAAUAAAGAAGCAAUAAAUAUUUGAUGCUGGCCAGUAAAAGGCACACAGGGAGAAAGAUGACAAAGUGGAUGUAGCCAGAGCAAUAGAAUGAUAGCUGUGCACGAUGCGGAAAUGAACAAAAUUCUUGAAAUACUUUUAUUCUAAAAUUCAUGAGGCAUUGAUGGUGUGCCUGAAAGAGUUUGUAAAUAGCUACAACUGGAGCGAGCAACCAGUCUAUAUAGUUUUAUUUCAAAACAUUUGUUUUCAUGUUUUUUUCCCACAUCAUUAAAUUCCAGUUGGUGCUGUGACCAUCAAAAUAUGCUCAUGCCAUUACAUUUAUCAAAUUCAUGUAAAAAAAACAAAUAUUAAAAAAAAUAUUAAAGGUUUUUUUAUGUUUUGACACAUUUUGAUAAAGCAUAGAUAUUUACUCUAUAGAGUUUGUUGGAUUAAUUUAUAUUCUUAUAUGCCUUCAUUGCAGCUGGUUAUUCUGGAUUGAUGUGUAAAUGUAAAAUGUCACGUUUACUGUGGGCACUUCUAGGUACUCGUAAAACACGCAUGUUUGUAUUGUAUUUCCCGUCCAAAAAGCUGAUAAAUGUACUUCACGUGACCAUACAAUAUUUGCUUAUUGUGUGUAUUGAAAUCUAUACUUUUGUAAUUACAUACAAUAGGCUUUAGUAUAUUUUUGACUGGAUAAAUUCUGUUAAUUGUUAUUCCAAUCAAAACCCUCUUGCGCUGUCUGAAAUACAAUAUAAAACCAAUAUUAUACUAUAUCAGUUUUAGUUGAAUUUCAACUGGAGUGCAGAAUAUGCCUGCUCAAAAAUGUCAUUUCUGUGUAUGUAGACGUUGGUGAAUGUACUGAUGCAAUACAGCACAAGGACAGGGGUGAUUUUAAAGUUAUUAGAAUACUACAGUACACCUUUUGUCAAAUUAUCUUUUCUUUCUGUUUGGCUUCCCGCUCCAACACAUCCAAGAUUUAAGAGCAGGAGGCUGCCUUUUCUUAAAUACAAGUAACUUUAUCCUCACCCCUGUAUUUGUUGGCUUUAUCUCACUUUAAUGUUUAAAGCGUGUGAAAAACUGAACAACUAUUACUAGUUUUGUAUCCCUAAGCUAUGCCAUUGAGCUAUGACAAAAAAAAAAUCCUUGUAGAUGAACUGUGAAAACGGCAGCAACACAACUGUACAUUUGGUCUGUCCUGCAUGGAGCACUUUAAUGUUCCUGGUCUUAGUCUGUUUAUUCGUGAUGAUGUCAUCUUAUAAGACUGCUUUUGAAACCUGUAUUCACACCACAUCAAGAUUUCAUCUAUUCCAGAUGGAUACACCUGUAAAUACAGUCUGAAAAUGUCAUCGACUGUCUGGACAUUGUAGGGAACGUAUCAUGCUUAGUCAACUAAUUUAACAUUGAAUUACUGAAGUUGAUAAGUCAUGUAAGAGUGUCAUUGAGUUUACCACCAGCUAACUGCAAUUCAGAAACUGAAAAAAAAAUCAGUGAAAAGACACUAACAAAUUCACCAAUUUUAUCUCGAGCCUUCAUUGAUUUCUGAUCCCUAAAAAUGGUGGUACUCGGCUAAUAGUUCACAGAUUUAUCGAUGGCUAUCUUGCUGUAAUGGAGUACUUUAGGAUGUUAGGACUGUGGUUUGUAACUUGUAAGAGUGUAGUCAGAGGUGUAACUUGAAUGUCAAACAGAAUGAUACUUGAAUUAGAGUACUAGUCGUUAUUUCUGAUAAUGUGUCUGGUUUAUAUUAGGCAUGUCUGCCAUUUUGUCUGCUGUUGCUUAUGUUGUUAUGGUUGCCAUGACUUGACUGAAUAGACACUGGGUGACUCAACUAACAGACAGGCUUCAACAUUGUGUAUAUUGACAUACAAUUACAGGACUGCGACACACACUUGAGGGAGAGAACUUGAAGAAAAGAGAUUAUGUAUGCAUGACAGAAAACAGCACAGCUUUUAGGCUACUCAGAGCGAUCUGGUUAAGAGCACAUCACUGAAGCACUGUUCAAAUGCAUUUUAAUGGUGUCAAAUGACAAUUCUGAAUACGCUGUACAUAUACACUUUUUGCCAAAAUAAUAAAAAAAAUAUGGUUUUAUUAGA